AAUUUCCCUCCCUCUCUCUCUCUUUCUCUCUAGUCUUAUUGUCCAAGGCACACAACUUUACGUAAAACUCCUUCGAAACUUUUAUCGCCGUCGAAUUCAACACUAGUCACGCCCAAUAAUUUACUGGUCCCUCCCCCUCUCUCGCCGCUAAUGGAGCAGACACCUUUACAGAGAGUGGAGAGUCAGUUUUACGAGUACACGUCACACGAGGAACUCAGCAAAGAACUAAAAAUAUCAUCGCAAGCGUCCACACUUAUUUAUAAUUAUUGGAAAUUAAAAAGAAAAUGUAACCACAACCAGCCAUUACUUCUUGGAUUACACUUGGAUCUCUCUUACCAAAGACUCCAACUGGCCAAUAACCAGAUUGACAGACAAGUACCACUGUUAACUGAUGAUGAUGAUUUCCUUAGGAUCGUACAUUUGAGACAUAACUUAGAAAAAGCUAGAAAUCUAGUGUACAUGAUUCAGAGGAGAGAGAGAUUGAAAUCAAUCUGUAUCAGAUCUGAUCACGAUAUCACGCGACUUCAAUUGAAGCAGGUCGAGGAAGAAGAGGAGGAGAAAAAAUCAAAAGCAAAGACUCUUGCAGGAGGUGUGGCUAAAGGCGUGGUCAACAACAGAAAGCCACUUUGUCUUAAAAGACUGGGUAUUUCCAGUAGCAAUAGCAGUAGCAGUGUAGAUCCUGCCCAAGCCCCACCUAGCACCACUACCAGCCAUUGUUUCACCAAUGGACCAAUGUUGGUACUACAUCCCAUAGACCACACUAUGGCAAACGAGGAAAGUCUUAGGCUAUUGCGCAAGAAAAGACCACACCUUAUUUCAUCUCCGUUAUCGUCUCUUGAACAUGUGACUCAGCGCAGACGAGUUUCUGAAAGUGGGUGUGGUCACGGCGAUAUCGUGAAUCAUGAUAAUACGAGACGAGAAAAAUCAAAUAAAUCAAUUUUAUGUUAAUGAGAAUGUUUGUAUAAAAUAUCUCUCUCCUUCCCUCUCCCCCUCUCUCUCUCUUUUUUAGUUUUCUUUUAUUUCAUAUUCACUUGCUUUUUAACGUAA